CCGCACCGAUCUCUCAACAUCCCCCACCCAACAGUACAGCUUUCUCCAUAAAUUACUCGGAUGCGUGUAACGAUCUGCGCCACUGUCGGACUAUGUGGAGCAUAGUAUACAGCUGCCUCCUUACGAUAUUCGCUUGUGUUUGGACAGCAAUUCAUCCAGAUAUGCCUAAGCAAUAUUCGGCUUGGUCGUUUGGGAUAGGUUCUCGUAUCUUUGAAAUGAGUUUGACAUUGGUUUCGCCGGAGCUGGCUGUUUGGGCUGCAUGGACUGAGUGGGGCGCUGAAUUCAAUUCAGUUGAAGCCCCUGACAUCGAUCCUUCACAAGGAUGGACAUUCACCCAUUCAUAUUUUGUUGUUAUGAGUGGCUUCUUCGACUCUUCCAAACAAAAUGCAGUGAAGCCAGAUGAAAAUGAAGAUCCCCCUACCCUGUUUGAGAAAUACCCCGGCAUAAUCGACAAGUCGGGAGGUCAGAGAAAGGUCGCAGUAACAAGGGAGGGGGUCCUCGACAAAAGCAAAGGCAACUUUUUUGCAAAGUCCAUUGUCGUCCUCCAGCUACUGUGGUUCGCCACUCAGUAUGUUGGACGGUGGGCAAGUCAUCUACCCAGGUCACAACUGGAAGCGAUGACUCUUGCUUAUGCGGCACUUAGCAUCCUUGUUUAUGCUUUGUGGUGGCACAAACCGCUGGAUGUCCAUUUCCCAAUCUGUGUGACAGAAGAGGCCCACCCCGAUUCCCCAAAUCCCGAUGCUAUCACCGAUCAAGCACUGCCCAAAAUGGAGAACACGUCCAAUCCAGCGUCCCCUCCAGCAGAUACCAUUGAGCCAAGUUCCUUGUGGAUACUCGUAGUCACUGGUAUCAUUUUUGGUGGGGUUCAUUGCCUCGCAUGGUCAUUUCCAUUUCCGACGCGUGCAGAGACACUUUUGUGGCGUAUUUCUGCAAUAAUCAUCACUGUGGGUCCUGGCCCUUUCGCAUGGGGCAUGGCAAGAUGGGAAAAGAAGGAUUACUUCAGCGGGAGAUUGUUUGGAGGUUCCACCAUGCUGUUUUAUCCUGUUGCUCGGGUUAUCCUGUUCACUCUCACAUUUACGUCUUUGCGAUCUCCACCCCGCGAUCUUUACCGAACUACAUCCUGGACGUCCUUCAUUCCCCACUUAGGAUAACAUAAUCGUAGACACAUAGUAUCAUUGCUCUGCGUAACGAGAAAUAAUAAG